GGCUCCGGAGCCGAGCCGGGCCGGGCGGGCCGGGAGGAGGAGGAGGAGCCGGGCGGGCUGGCGGGCGGCCGGACGGCGGCAUGGCGGAGCCGAGUGGGGCUGAGACGAGGCCCCAGAUUCGGGUCACCGUCAAGACCCCCAAGGACAAGGAGGAGAUCGUGAUCUGCGAUCAAGCCUCGGUCAAGGAGUUGAAGGAGGAGAUCUCCCGGAGGUUUAAGGCUCAGCAGGAUCAGCUGGUCCUGAUCUUCGCAGGCAAGAUCCUGAAGGAUGGAGACACACUGAACCAGCAUGGGGUCAAGGACGGGCUCACAGUUCACCUAGUCAUCAAAACCCCUCAGAAGACUCAAGAUCCAGUGACUGCUACUGCUUCCCCCCCAUCCACUCCUGACUCUGCCUCUGCACCCUCCACCACACCUGCCUCACCUGCCGCCCCUGCCCAGCCCUGCAGCUCUGGCAAUACCACUUCAGAUGCUGGCAGUGGAGGAGGGCCCUCUCCAGUGGCUGCAGAGGGACCCUCAAGUGCUACUGCAUCAAUCCUCUCUGGCUUUGGAGGCAUCCUGGGCCUGGGCAGCCUGGGCCUGGGCUCUGCCAACUUCAUGGAGCUCCAGCAGCAGAUGCAGAGACAGCUCAUGUCCAAUCCCGAGAUGCUGUCACAGAUCAUGGAGAACCCCCUGGUCCAGGAUAUGAUGUCAAACCCCGACCUGAUGCGCCACAUGAUCAUGGCAAACCCCCAGAUGCAACAGCUGAUGGAGAGGAACCCCGAGAUCAGCCACAUGCUCAACAACCCGGAGCUCAUGAGGCAGACAAUGGAGCUUGCUCGUAACCCAGCCAUGAUGCAAGAAAUGAUGCGGAACCAGGACCGGGCCCUCAGCAACCUGGAAAGUGUCCCGGGAGGGUAUAAUGCCCUCCGCCGCAUGUACACGGACAUCCAGGAGCCCAUGUUCACUGCUGCCCGGGAACAGUUUGGCAACAAUCCCUUCUCUUCCCUGGCCGGGAACUCCGACAACUCAUCCUCCCAACCUCUUCGGACUGAGAAUCGAGAGCCCCUCCCUAACCCCUGGAGCCCCUCGCCCCCCACCUCCCAGGCCCCCGGGUCCGGUGGGGAGGGCACCGGAGGAUCGGGGACCAGCCAGGUGCACCCGACAGUCUCGAACCCCUUUGGGAUCAAUGCGGCUAGCCUGGGGUCAGGGAUGUUCAACAGCCCAGAAAUGCAGGCGCUCCUCCAGCAGAUUUCUGAAAACCCCCAGCUGAUGCAGAACGUCAUCUCAGCGCCUUACAUGCGCACCAUGAUGCAGACGCUUGCCCAGAACCCUGACUUUGCUGCUCAGAUGAUGGUGAAUGUGCCACUGUUUGCGGGGAAUCCACAACUUCAGGAGCAGCUCCGCCUGCAGCUCCCUGUAUUUCUGCAGCAGAUGCAGAACCCAGAAUCUCUCUCCAUCCUCACCAAUCCCCGGGCCAUGCAGGCCUUGCUGCAGAUCCAGCAGGGACUGCAGACCCUCCAGACUGAAGCCCCUGGGCUGGUACCCAGCCUUGGCUCCUUUGGGACACCCCGAACCUCAGUACCUCUGGCAGGCAGCAACUCUGGAUCUUCAGGAGAGGCGCCCACUUCUUCCCCGGGCAUGCCAGCCACAUCUCCUCCCAGUUCGGGUUCUAAUGCCCAGCAACAACUCAUGCAGCAGAUGAUCCAACUGUUGUCCGGAAGUGGGAACUCGCAGGUGCCGAUGCCAGAAGUGAGAUUUCAACAGCAGCUGGAACAACUCAACUCCAUGGGCUUUGUCAACCGAGAGGCCAACCUACAGGCCCUGAUCGCCACAGGAGGGGACAUCAAUGCGGCUAUUGAGAGACUCCUGGGCUCCCAGCUCUCCUGAUCCCUUGGCCUGUGCCUCCUGCCUUUCCCACCUCUCAGCGUCAGCCUUUGGCUCCUCUGUGAAGCCCCACCUUCUAUAGCCUGUCUUCUUUGACCCCCUAUGGCCGAGAAGUGUGCCCGACCCAUAGCUCUGUCCAAGGAUUUGAUUUGUUUGCUGUCUCAUGAAAUCUCCCCUGGUUCUCUUGGAGCACAGCUAUCUAGUGUGCAGUGUGUCAGUUGGCCACACCUCCUUGCCCACAAGUACCUUGGCAAUGUGCAGUCUCCUCCAAGAAGAGGAGAGGGACCUGCCUGGCUAACCGAAAGUCUUCCGUCAGUACCACUAGAGUUUAGCUUGCCUUACAGUUACUCCUCCUCUCCCUCCCUCACCUCAGCCCCACCAGUUUGAAUUUCACUCUUUGGCCAGGCACUGGUAAAACUGUGUUUUUCUUUCUCUACCCCUAUACUGGUUUGUCCAGCACUCUUUCAUGGGUUCCCUCUGGGACUCUGAGGCAGGGAAAAGGAUACCUGUCCUUCUGUCCAAAGGGAGCGUGAGUCAGCGCCCUGGGCAGGAUGAUCAAGAUCAAACAAGACCAGUGGGAGCUGCUGCCCAAGAGCAACUGCUGAGAGCUCUUGGAGGCAGGGACCGAGGGAGACAGCCCGGAAGCUGGGCUUGGCGGAGUCUAGAAACACCAGUCAUUUCAUGGUGGAGAAGCCAGGCUCAGGCCUCACAGAGGAAGAGAGACUAAUGGACUUUGGACUGAAGAAAGGAGCUCAACAAAGCUGGACAGUGUGACCGGCCCACAAGGAAUCAGAUUAGCUCCAUUGUUUCCAAACACACAUGAGCUCACAUACAUAUUCCCAUGAGCCCAGGCUUCAGGCACCAGUAUUUUGAACCCUACUCUCCAAAAGAUCUGAUGGGGUUUUCAGCACUGUAGAAGAUCUGUAUAUGUGCAUACGUGCAAGUUGGGGAGGUAUGUGUUCUUUGUUGAUUUCUGGUUCACAACUGGUCAACAGAGAUGAGUAGGUACAAGGGUCUGUCUAGUAGAAGAAUAUAGCAUCGAGGGAGCUGGGUCCCUGGGCCUCUGGGUCACCAGAAAACAUAUUAAGUAAUUCUAGCGAUAAUGGGUCUGACUGGUACCCUGGCCACCAUUGCCUCCUUGGUGAAAGAAUAGUGAGGUUUCUCUUCCAGAGUUCCUGUGUUUCAAUUCUUUGCUGGUUUCCCUUAGGCCAGAAAGUUUCAUUCGAGGAGAGGUAGGAAGGCACCUCUUUUCUUCCUUUUGUAUGGAAUUGAGCUUUGCUCAACUGGAGUACCAAGGAAACUCUCUCCACUUGUGGUUCAGGUACUUGGAGGACCCUUGGCUGAGGGAUGGGGGUAAGAAAAGGCAUCUUGCUCCAGGUGGGGAAGGGUCCCAAGCAGUUCAGUCAUGCCUUCCCUUCCCCCUCUUACUCCCAACACCAGCCCUGGCCUUUGUAAAUAAAUAAUGUGAUUUUUGUUGUGAGAUUA